AUGCCAGAUUCAAGCCUCGCCAUUUCACUUCUCAAACCCGAGGAAGCAGAACAAUAUAUGCGUAUACGGCAUGAGGUCUUUCGCAACACCAUCAACAACAUCCUCUACUCUCGGGGCGAGCCAUCUCAGAAAACGCUCGACAGAGUCACAGAAGAUAUACGUGAUGGCAUAAUCAACAAAGGCAUCCUCUACCUCAAGUGUGUCGAUACCUCGACUGGUGAGAUGGUCGCAGGCGCACGUUGGCGCUACGUCAAGCCAAAAGAAGAAGGCGCGAAGGAACGUACCUGGGAAGAGGUAGAUGCUGGUUUCACCAUCCCAGAACCGUACGACGAGAGUGACCCAGAGCUCUUCAAAAGUCUCUACACUCUGUUCAACUCAAACAAGCGGGAGAUUCUUGGCAACAGACCCUACUACGUAUUGGAUACGUUAGCCACGCUCCAAGCCCACGAGAGAAGAGGAGCCGGAAGCAUGCUGGUAAGAUGGGGCUGUGCAAGGGCGGACGAGGUCGGUGUCGAAGCCUUUCUCGAAGCCAGUCCCAUGGGGGCGCCAAUGUAUGCGCGGCAUGGUUUUCAGCCAGUCAAAGAGGUGAGUAUCGAUCUGAGACAGUGGGGUGGAAAGGAGUUGAUGAACUUUAUCCUUAUGUUACGACCUGCAAAGCAGUCGUAG